ACCAAUUCCUGCUACAAACAACAGCAGAAACGCUUUCACGUGUUUAAAACGUGUCACACGAUUGGCUGAUGCUGAUUCAUUCUGUCACAUGAUUGGUUGUCAACCUUAGCAACAGAGCGCCAUUUUAACGAAAUCCUGGAGAAGUACGAAGACGAAAAGAGAGUCUUUCUGAAUUAUUAUAAGAGCUUCUAACAUAGUCAAAUUCGACGAAUAGACCAAACAUAUCAUGCUUUGAUCAUUUCAAGUAUAUCUGAUCUGACGUUUAGCUGGACUGGGGAGUAUUACAAUUGCAAACCAGGGUGGUGGAGAUGGAGGCUGUGUUUGAGGACGCGGAGGUAAGGCUGGAGGAGGAGGUGGAGAGCUGCUACUCCUCGCUGGAGGUUCCUUCACCCAAGAGGAGGAGAAAGCCCAAAGGCCACGCAGAACGUCUCGACAAAACAAAGAAACCCAGGUCAGCGUAUCUGCUGUACUACUUUGACGUGCACCAGCGUCUCCAGCAGGAGCACCCGGACUUGCCGCAGUCGGAGAUUAACAAGCGCAUCAGCGAGAGCUGGAGGAGGCUCAGCGUGGCCGAUAAGGCCUUCUACCUGGACCGGGCCUUGAUGGAGCGGGACGGACUCACGCAGAGAGCCGUCUCAGCUGUUGCGUCCCAGGAUGUUCCGGGGUUCCGGAGGAUUCUCCCGCGGGCGAGCUUUGUGCUGCUGCCGAAAGGCGGCGUGCUGGACGAGCAGGUGGCCGGGGCAGUGGAGGUGUGUGUGGACGCCGGCGGCGAGUCUCCGCUAUUCUCUCCGAUGGCGCUGGGCAGCGAGGUGGAGCUGGCCGAGCAUAGCGUCGCCAUGGAGAUGCCUAGGGAUGACACAGCUGCGGCCGCCUCUGUCGCUGUGGCAACGCUGCCUCAGCCACACACUCUCACACACACGCCGGCCAGCUGCCCCAUCAAAGAGCAGGAGGCUACACACACGACUGCAGUUGGCAUGGCGAUGGAGGAGGGGCUGUUGAAGACAGACUCCACCCACCUGGUGGCCAUCAUACCCAAUCAGAACGUUCUGGAGAGCAAGGUCAUGACCCCCGCCAGCUCCGUGCUCAUGCUGCCCCUCAUGUCCAGCGUGGACUCCGCCCCCAAGCCUCCCGUCAAACUGUCCAUCAAGUACACCCGGAGAGGGAGGGGCAGUUGCCACACGCCCGGCUGCCCUUUCACCUACGUCACACGGCACAAACCCCCCCUCUGCCCGCUGUGUGGGCUUCACCUGGGGGGCAAGUGGAUCGCUGUGGGGAAGAGAGACUCCGAUAAAGCAGGUGCGCUGCCUGGCAACGACAAGCCAUCACCACGGACACCACAGAAGGACCCUCCCCCUCCCUCCGCACCACACCCAGAAGAGGCAGAGCCUCCCGCCCAUCUGAACUCUACAGCGAAAGCUAACGCUAAGGAGCACCAGACGAUCGUCCGGUUGCCGCGGGAACGGCGGGCACCCACCCAACCACCAGAGGUUGCUGGCACGGAGAGUGUGGAGCAGAACGCCACGAGUGCCAGCACUUCCCACGCGGGCACCAGGACUGGCACGGACACGAGGCCUGACACAGCUGCUGAUGGUGCUGAGGGGGGUGGCAGGAAAACCUCCAGUGGUCGUGCUCGAGGUAGAGCCAGAAGUGCGGGUGCUGGACAGAAGCGUCCCGUGAGAGCAAUACUGCCAGCUCCCACCAAAGCAGUUCCUUCCCCAGCUACUGUAGUGCAGUUUAUCACUGUCCCUCCUUCCAACAAGCCCAAGAUUGAAGUUAAGAACAGCAGCACCAUUAAAACAGUAAAAGUCCCCUGUGAAAUCUCUGGUCUAAAACCCAGUACACUGAAACAGCUUGGGCACGCUCUACCUCCCCCAACCCCAGAGCAGAAGCCUGCGUCCCGUAUGACCAGUGGUCAGUUUAUCAUCACAGAAAACAGCCUGAAGAUGCUGUCCAUGGUUCCCUUCAAGCAAAACACUGGUGCCAACCUGGACUUGGGUCUGUCGACGGCACGUGGCCGUGGUCGCUGUAAGAACCCUGGAUGUGACUAUGUGUACAAGAACCGUCAUAAGCCCGCCCACUGCCCCGCCUGUGGCUGGGAACUCAGCAAGAACCCCGCACGCAAGAGCAAAGCUACGGUUGCUGAGGACUGCAGAGUUGAUGCAGAGUGUGUGUUAGACCCAUACACUCCGCUGACUGCAGCUCAGAGAGACGUCCAGAGACAGAACACACUCCAGUUGCUACGGCAAUGCCUACAGAUUCCAGAGAGUGAGGGAGAACUUCAGGAUACACUCACACUCAUUCAGGAGCUCAACAACACACAGGUGGUAGUGUCCUCUACAGAUGAGCAGCUGAGUGCCCAGCUCCAGAGCAGUUGGCCGCGUUUCUACGAGUCGCCCGCAGAACACUGCAGCCUCUGCCAGUUCCCUCUGUUUAAGGGAGGACAGAGCUCUGUUGCAGGGCAGGAGGACUGCUGGUUACUGACUGAGUCUCAUCUGCAGACAGCCUCCAUUCAGCUGAAGAUUUGCACCAACACACAGUGCCUGGCCCUACACAGCCUCAUAGAUAUACACCCAGGUCUGUUUAAUGUGGGGAAUAAGCUACUAGUGAGUCUGGAUCUGUUCUUUAAGAUCCGUAACCACCUCAGACUGGGUCACGAUCCAGCACAAGCUGCUGUUGCCAUAUUGCAGAACGUCCAGAACCAACCAGUGAGUACGCUGAGUGGGUGUGAGCUGUCGGAGCUCGUGUCGUUGGUGCUGGCUGGCUACUGGGCGUUUGAGAGCCUGACGCUGCGCGACUACAACGACAUGAUCUGUGGAGUGUGUGGCGUCGCACCCAGGGUGGAGAUCGCUCAACGCAACAGCAACAACACACUACUGCUGCGUAAUGUAGAGUUCACGUGGCCUGAGUGUGCCGUGUCUGACGAGGUUCAGGUGGAUGACUUCUGGCUGACGAUGGAGAACGAGGCGCUGGAACAGGCCGCCUUCCCCUCCAGCCCGCCAAUCACACGCUUCGACGCCUCCAUCAUCGCACCCUUCGUCCCGCCCCUCAUGAGGGCAGCUGCCGUCAUCAACACAGAGAAGGACAAGAGUAACACACACAGCCCCGCAGGGGACCCCUCCACUCUGGUGCGCUUGAUCCAUGAGGGUCAUCUGAAGCCAGAGCAGAUGCAUGAACACACACCAGUGGAACUGCAGAGUGUGUUAGAGUGCUGUGGAGCUCCCACAUCACCCAACAGCACCAAGGUACAGGAGGAGUUGUUGGAGAGUGUAUGUUCCCUGUACACACACAUCCAGAGUGGCCAGCUGACCGGUCCUCCUCCUCCCUCUCACCUGACUGCAGGCAGACUUAGUAAAGUCUGUCCUCACCAGGUGGUGUGUGGCAGUAAGUAUCUUGUGCGGACUGAGAGUGCGCGGGACCACGUGGACUUGCUGGUGUCGUCGCGCUUCUGGCCAGUGGUGUAUGUGGCGGACUGUGGCCAACAGGUGGCGCUCUGCACAGAGGCACUGUACCCUCCCCUGGCACGCAGCAUGUGGGGGGGCAGGCAGGCCGCACUCAGCCACUCUCUGGACACACAGCAGCCGGUGUUGUGUGAGGAGCUGCAGGAGCACCUCCAGAACUCUGACCCGGCGCUGUUGGACACGUCCAGUUUGGACUCCUCUCCUCUGCACCCCCUCACACACUCCGCCUCUCGCUGGGUGCUGCAGCCCCCGACACACGCACACCCACACCCACACACACACACACACCCACACACACACACACACACACACCGCUCCACAGACGCCUGCUCUGCGCUGCAGCCCUACCUCAACUCCGUCCAGGAGGAGGGCUCGGACGAGGACGCCACUGCCCCGGGUGCCCUGCGGGACCAGGAAGUGACCUUUGAGAACGCGGCGUUCUACUUCCUGUACAACCGUCUGCUGGACUUCCUGUGGAGCCGCGAAGUGGUGAACGGGCAGAUCUCCGAGGUGCUGCAGAACUGCGGGCCGGGAGAGGUGGUGAUCAGGGACGCCCUCUACAGGCUGGGAGUGGCACAUAUCAACACCCAGCACGAGGACACGCAGGAGGAGCAAACGCACGAGUGAGAGAGAGAUGGAGGGAUGCACAGAGAGGAGAGAGAGAGAGAGAGAGAGAGAGAGAGCCAGGGUGAGUGAUGGGGAGAGAGAGAAUAGUGAUGGAGAAAGAGAGAGAGAAAGACCCAGGGUGAGUGAUGGAGAGAAAGAAAGAGAGAGAAGAAUGAUGGAGAGAGAGAGAGAGUUAUGUACAGUAACACAAUACACAAGGAACCACAUAGACAGAGUGAGAGAAAAUGUGAGUGUGAGUGUGAGUGUGUGUGUGAGUGUGUGUGUGUGUGAGUGAGUGAGUGUGAGUGAGAAGGAGAGAGGGUAAGAGAGAGGAAGAGGUGUGUUUUCAUGCAGUUGUUCUGAGGGCCCUGAAGAGAUUACUCAGUAGAAUGAAAUGCUGCCCUCUAUCUGUGGAGCGGGAAACAGCAACUCAUACCUGAGGACGUGUGUGUGUGUGUGUGUGUGUGUGUGUGUGUGUGUGUGUGUGUGUGUGUGUGUGUGUUGCGUGUUGCAUAGUAUCUGCUGUUGAAAAGGCGAAAGUGGAAGGGAGAGUAAUUCCCCUCUGUGGCCAGCAGGUGGCGGUACAGCACUGUGAGAUGUACGUGAGUGAGGCAGUGGUCAAUAUGCGGGAGGGGUGUGUCAUUUGUGUGUGUGUGUGUGUGUGUGUGUGUGUGUAUUUAACUAUAUUUAAGUGUGUUUGGAAACCUGACUGUGUAUUAUGUUGAACACAUGAAUUUUUGGUGCUUUUACAGACACAUAACUUAACACAACCAGCAGAUAAUUAUCAUAUUUGUUUGUGUGUUUUAUAGAAUAUUCAUAUUCAGGGGUUAUCGUUAUAUUACAAGUGGCCUGUAACUGAAAGUGCUGGUGUGUGUGUGUGUGUGUGUGUGUGUGUGUGUGCGUGUGCGUGUGCUAUUAUGUGUGUUAAUAUUUUAACUAAUAAUGUACAAUAUACAGUACUCUGCCCUCUGAAUGUAAAGAUGAACUUUGAUCUCUGAAAUUGCCUACAUUUGUGUGCUUCUGUGUGUGUGUGUGUGAGAGAGAGAGAGAGAGAUUAGAUCAUAUAAAUGUCUUGUCUUGGAUGUUGCAUCAUAUUGAAGACGCUUUUGUGGUGAAAUAAAUUAAAGGUGAAUCUG